CGGUUGACACUCCCAACGGAAAGGGCGCGCUCGGCAGACUAUGUCUUGCUGCUAGAUGUCACGUCGAAAAUUUCCCCUCACUUUUCCCGGUCGCGCCUUUUUCGCAUGCCGUCAUCAUCAUCCAUCCAAGGUCGAAAGAUAGGAAUUGCYGUGUUGUUGGUAACUGUCAUCUUCCCAACCAUAUCUCUUGGUCAAAAAAMGUYAAAAGGUAUUGUGCAAGGAAGAGAUCGUUGUUGAAGAUGCCUAAUUUCGAGUGGUUAAUCAAAAAGGAGGAUGUUUCCUAUUGGGCCGACAACACGCAAGAAGUGUGUGGUGAUAUCGGUGCGGCGACAGCAGAAAGCUGUUCUCGCAGUAUGGAAACGGUGAAGAAUGCUGCGGACAAAUCCGACCUCUGUCAUUUCCGGUCGAAGAACGUACCGGUAGAGGGUACGGAUCCCGAAAACCCCGAAGUUCUCAACAGUCCUGAAAGUGAUCAAGAAAAAGAAAACAAUGGAAGCAACUGCGGUGGCGAACCUCACUUUCUGCAGUCACURCGAACGAACCCGUCCCUGAUCUCGAGUCGUACCGGAUCAUGGUUCAAUCAACGCAGCYUGGCGCAUCUUCCAGCACCAGAAGAAACCACCACAAAAGGUGAUCAAGGAUCGGUAGGGGAAAGAACCCUUCCGAAUAGCGACGGUGGAGAUAAUGAAUCACAAGACAAUGACGCGGACAAAGAGUACCGCUAUAGUGCCGGUUACAUCGCAUGCGUUGUUUUUGCAGUGCUGUUAGUAUUCUUUUCAAUCGGUCUAGGUGUGACCAUCAUGAUGCGAAAGCGAAGCCAGAACCAGAUCGGAGGUACCAACAUAACGACUGCGGAAGAUAUCAGUAAUACUACAAUGGAAGAUCUGACCAUGGAGUCCGACUUCAGUGYCAAUAGCGAUACCGAGCAAUCGGAAGAAGUUGGUGCUAACAUCGAUGACGCGUCCAAUAACUCAACUACACAAGAGCAGCCAUCUGAGGAAAUCGUCGAGUUMGACUACACCGCCAACACCAAUUACUUGGUCGGAGCAUACUACUACCCAUGGUACAGCGAGGACUUCCACAGCAAUGAACGAUACCUCCGCGAAAGUCUUAUUCCUCCCCAACAGCCCGCCCUUGGAGAAUACGACGAUUCCAAUCCCCUUGUGAUCAAGCAGCACAUGGAGUGGUUCCGCCGAGCCAACAUUGGUCUCUUGGUAACCUCGUGGUGGGGACCCGGCAGGGUCGAGGACACVACUACCAAAGAUGUUAUCCUGRAGCACGAAGAUGUUGGAAACCUCAAGAUUGCCCUUCACUACGAGACGAUUGGCCGGAUCAAGGACAAGACCAACAUGUCUACGCCUCGUAGCGACAUCGAGUACAUUUGCGAGAACUACUUCGAUCAUCCGAACUACUACAAGAUUGAUGGCCGACCCGUUCUGUUUGUCUACGUGACGCGGGUUCUCCAUGAAGACGGUGUGCUGGAAGAGGCGUUGUUGACCAUGCGAAGCGAAGCAAGCAAAUGUGGCCACAAUCUUUAUCUGAUUGGUGACCAGGUAUUCGACUCUGCACCGGACCCCGACCAAGACUUCGUUCCAUUCUGGUAYUUUGAUGCUGUCACGAACUACGACGUCUAUGGAUCUAGUGGCAGACCCGAUGGCUAUGCAGGAAUGGAGGCCGUGGACAAGUAUUAUUCGGACCAGCAAGAAUGGAAGAACCAGGCACUAAAGGCGAACUGCCGAUACAUCCCACCCGUGUCACCCGGAUACAACGACCGAAGCGUGCGAUUCCAGAACAACAAUCCUCCCCUGUCGAGACGCUUGUCGGCGGAUGCCGAAGAAGGCAGCCUUUUCUGGUACCAGCUGUCGCAGGCCCUCGAAUUGGUGGAUCCGCAGGUCGACAACAUGAUCCUCGUGAACUCCUUCAACGAGUGGCACGAGGAUACCCAAAUCGAACCCGCCGUGGGCGUCCCCGGUUCCCCGAAGGGGGUSACUGCCRYGCUGCCGAAUGUCUACACGCAAGGGCUCGAAUAUACCGCCUACGGGGAGCUUUACUUGGACCUGUUGGGGGCCGCGACAUCCAAGAACGUUGAGGACCACAGCAGCUAUGACCAUCUCAUUCAACUGUGAUAAGGAUACCAGCAUGCUUGAUAUAACCUCUKUGCUGGCAUUCUKAAUGCCUCUUUGAAAGAAAUYGAACGUGGUUUCAAUCUUGAACUCAAUUUGUUGUMCUAAAAAAACCAGAUACAUGAAGAUCAUACUCACUGUUACAUAUUUAAGUUAAUACACUACAUAAAAGAUUCCAACUAGACGUCAAUUGAAUAAAACAUAAAACUAGUA